UGGCGCAGUCCCCUUGGAUCUUCUCGCCUUCGUACUUGACCCACUCGCGUCCCUGCUGCGGAGCCCCGACCAUGAAUUGAUCAACGCCAUCCGAGAGACAGGUUGACGUACUGACCCUGCAUAUACCUGCCUACAAUAUCUCUCGCCUAAACGCUCUUUUAUUUCCUGCCCCAAUCGCUCAAUUUCUGAACAAGGGACUGUAUCCAUCCGUGGAAGUCCCUCGGUUUGGAAACAUACCAACAUGUCUUUAUCGCCACCUACUAUCGAUCCAUAUGUCGUCCUGGGAGUCAAGAAAGAUGCCACCCUACCUGAGAUCAAAUCCGCCCAUCGAAAACUCGUACUUAAAUGCCACCCUGAUAAAGUGAAGGAUGAAUCCCUGCGGAAUGCGGCUCAAGAUGAGUUCCAACGAGUGCAACAAGCGUACGAGCUGCUCUCGGAUGAGACCAAGCGGACGAGGUACGACCAGAAGGUGCGCUUGGCGGAACUUCGAAAGGAAGCCAUGGAGCGCGCUGGCGGUGGCUCCUCUCCAUACAGCUUUCCUCGCACAGCCGCUUCUAGCGGUGCACGAGAAUAUCGUGAUGGACGGGUCUAUGAAGAGAGAGUUCCUGCUGAUGCGCGUUUCUACGAGGAGGAAGUUCCAGUCACAGAGGAAACACAGCCGGCCUCCAGGAGAUAUGAUACUCGCAGGAAACAGCGCUCCAAGGCCACGGACGAGAAAACACGGUCCAAGGCCGAGCCUUCAGAUUUCCACCGCACUAGGGAAUACACGCGCGAAAGUCUGAAAGCGACUCAUGCCGAACGGGCGAAGUAUCGGAGCAAGACUCGAAGGAGAGAAGCCUCUGAUAAAUACGCGCCCUAUUUCGAAAGUGCAGACGAAUCUUCCGGUUCAGAGAGACCAUUCGUCGUCAAGGUACGACCUGCUGAGAGCAAACGGACCCGAGAAACAUAUUCUUCGAGAAAGACAAAACCGGAAUCGUCCCCACCACGACGCGAUCCUAGAUAUUACGAGGACGGUGAGGAUGAAUAUCCCGAUUCCUGGAAAACAAAACACGAGCGUUUGCAAACUUCAGCUCAAGACUACAUCAUGCGCUCAAGAGGUAAUCCCCCUAUCGAGGUUGAUCGGCGAGCGCGUCCUUCCAACUCCCCACCAAAGUAUUCCGAACCGCAGAAAUACGAGCACGGAUACACAGAUGGGGAACCUGAGCCGCGACGUUCAACCCGCACACAUUCGAGAAGAGACACUACGCGGACAUCUCGUGAACCUCCCAGCAUGCCAACAUCUUAUUCUUCUCCCGCGGGAAUCAAGAUUCCUUCUUCGGCAAAACCGCCUCUCCAGUCAGCGCGGUCAUCCCCCGCGGCUUACGCGAGUCAGAAGGAGUCGAGCUCCCGGUCUGACAACCCCCUCUCGAGGAUGGUUCCUCCCCCAAAUUCUGGAUCUGUUAGAACCUCGAAAGUGAAGGGUAGCACGGACGAAGGCUACUCAAGUCCUGGCACUCCUGAGAUGCGACAAAAUGGCAACUCUCCGAAACCGCCCGUCAGAUACAAAAUCCCUGGAGACAAACAAGAUACUAUAGUGGUGGAGCCUGCUGAGACUUCAUAUCGGCAUCAGAGGAGUGUUUCACCUGUGCGGCCAGAAGGCCCCUCUGUUGUACGCCCGUCUAUGUCUUCCAGGACGGGGUCGCAGCCUACUCGAACAUAUACUUAUUCUCCGGAAGUUCCAUGCCGCUUCCAGUCAGUGCAGACGCCCAGCUCCCGACCGUCUUACUCUCACGGUAUCCGUUUUAAGGAGAAAGACAUCAAGGUAGCUCCCGAGAUCAAGCCCAGCAACGUCAGCUAUACUCCCGACUACUAUCGCUCUCGAUAUGAUGAUCCUCCCCUGGGCAGACGACAGUCUACCUAUUGAACUCUUUCGAAUCAACCUCCCAGGUGAUUCUGCCACUUGCGUUCAAAUGAAAAUGCCAUGAUAUUGUAUGACAUGCUAUGAUCUUCUGUUUCUUUCUCUUUUCUUCCCUUUCUUUUCUCUUGUCGGUCAUCCUGUUAUGUUGACCCGAUUCUUAUUUAUACUUGAUGAUUUGAUGGCUUGAUGGCUGCCAUGCAGCUCAUUCACCCUUCACUAGAGAUGGAUUAUGAGGGACGAUAGUGAUUCUCCCCCUUCUACUCCUUUCCGUUGCAUCUUGUUCGUCAGCGGUUUUUGCUCGGCCCACAGUUGGUUACGAGUCAUAUAUUCAUACACCAGAUCCACAUAACCCAUACAGUUUGCACUGAAGUCGGAUGGCGUUGGAGUAGGGUUGAUUGCAGUUUAUCCAUCGCGUGUAUCUGAUAUCAUUUCCCACAGAACU